AUGUCCAAAGUCGUCGGCACCAACGCAUUCAACCAGGCUUGCACCAAGGUCAAAGAUGACAUCCUUGUCUACUUUGAUGCCUUUGUCAAAGCAUUCGGAACCCCUCCAAUGGAGGUUGGACUGACAGAUAGAGCUCUGCUCAUGUACAAAACGCUCAUUCCUAGUCUCGUCCUGCGUCAAACUGGUAUCAAAGAAGAGUCACAGAAUGGAGCAGAUUAUGUUUUCGAGCUCACCAUUCAGAAUCCUUAUGGGCCCUUGGGAACCGGGAUUGACGUCGACUUUUGGAUUCAGGCGAAAUGCUUCAGACAUCUCGACCGUGACCAUCCAGUUGCCGACUUUUGCUACAUAAACAAGAGCUCAGGCGAAUAUCAGAUGAAUAUCCUCGCCAAGUCUAUUGCCACGGCAGAUACCAAGGUAAAGAGGGCUGUGGGAGGCUAUUUCGUGUAUGGUCCAGACACGAUCAUGUACAUCCCAAUUACCGACCUCACAAAGCGCUUCGCGAACUUGAAAGAGAGGAACCCUGGUAGGGGCAGCGACUGGUACAAUACCGAGCUCAGCAAGUUCUACUGGGGUGCUCGCAAGCAAGACUACUUCAUCGAGUCUCUUAUCACGAACAUUCCCCCUAUCUAG